GCACAUUUGUGCGCAGGUUCGAAUCUCCGCCGCUUCGCGGUUGCUCCCCAACGUCCGGUCGCACCUCAGCGGCGGAGAAGCAACGCGCGCGGGCAGGGCCGGACCGGCCGCCCCGCCCUCUGCACCUUCUUGCCACCGCCUAGUCGGGACCCGGUCCUCGCCCUCCCUCGCGCGCUGCGCGCUCCUCCCUCGCCCUACGCCCCCGCAGCUAUCGGCGCUCGGCCUCCGACGCUGGGCGGGCUCCGCCCGAGCCUUCGGGGCCCAUGGCCAAGCGGCGUGCGGCCGAGCCGCUGACGUUCCACGUGCCUUGGAAGCGGCUCCUGCUCUGCGACUUUCCUGAGGAGCCGCCGCCGCCGCCGCUCUGGAUCCCGCCGCCGGGGGCCUCGCAUCCCGGGCAGCCCCUCGGCGUCCCGGAGCUGCCUCGAAAGCGUAAAAUCGACGCGGGGGCUAUGACUGAGCCUUCGGUCUCGCCCAACAAGCGCCGCGACGGCGGGGACAUCGGCGCUCCGGGCGGCGCGGAGCGUGAGGGCCGCGGCCUAGAGACCGGCGAGCCGCCGCUGCUGCAGCCGCCCGUGAGGCCCCGCGGGCCGGGGGAGGAGCCCCGGGGUGUCCAGCCCCCGAGGGGCGGUGGCGACGACGGGGCGGGGCGCGCAGAGCCCCCACGGGGAGACUGGGGGGCCGCACCGCGCCAGCUAAAUGACGAAUUUUGGCAGUAUAACACCUUCCAGUACUGGAGGAAUCCUUUACCACCUAUUGAUCUGGCAGACAUUGAAGAUGUAAAUGAAGACAACCUGACGGAAACAACACUUCAGGGCAAGAAUGAAGUGGUUGAGAUUGACAUGGAAUCCUGAUAGAAGGGGCUGAAGAAAUGGGUUUUUCUGAAUUUGAGGAGACAUCUCUUAAGUGAAUUUAUGUAUUCUUGAGGAAAAAAGCUAUUUUCCAUACUUAAUGUGAUACCAUUCUCAAACCUGAAAAAUGAGGAAAAGUUGUUUUAAAGAUAAAUGCCUGCAGUCACUGCUGAACCUACCAAUAGGGAUUUGUCAAGGAUAUAGUACAGUUAUAGGGGAAGUAUCUUAUGUGUUCUUGAAGAAAAAUUUAUGUUUAGGUUCUGAAUUUGAAGAUACCAGUCUUAUAAAAAGGAAUUAUGACAGUUUUAGAAAUAGAUGGGAAAUAUUCAGAUGUUCUUGUUGCACCAAAAAGUUAAUUUGUGGUACAUGAAGUGAAUAUUGUUUUAUAAUAACUUAUUAAUAAAAGGCUUUCUAAUACAUUUUAUUGACUCUUCAUAGUUGAACAAAUAGCUGACUUAAACAUCUGUGCAAACUUAAAAUGUGGGAGAUUCUUUCUGAAACCUGGUAUUGUUUUAAAAGAGCUUUCUAAAUGUAGUGAGAAUUUCGAUUUGGGUAGCAUGUUUGCAUAACUUCCAAUAUUUAAUGUUUGUUAAACUUGACUUUAGGUAAUCAAAAAUAAAGAACAUUGAGAAAUCAGUAGGUGCUUCCCUCCCCCGUUUCCCAGGAUAAGAGGAAAGAAGUUAUCAUAUAUUUUUUUAAAUUUUUUGGUUUUGAAUUGCUUUGAGGGCAUGGUUUUUAUUGCUUAUUACUUUAGACUUGUUCUCAGUACUGACAGCACUUCAAAAAUCUUUGCCUGGGCGCCACUCUUGAGAGGUUGACAGAUGUUCUGAGGUGGGCUUUGGGUAUAGCUAUUUUUUUAAGCACUAAUCUUCCUACCAUUCCUCAAGUGUGCAGACAGGUUUGAGAACCACUAGAUUAAUGGCAGUUUUUCCUGUUUAAAGGAGAUAACUAAUUUGAGCUGAAGCAAUGCCUCCUUAAUUAGCUUUGUUUUUAUUUUGCUCUGUUGAUGGCUUUGUUAGAACUAAAUUAUUGUGUUGUUUAUUACUAUUUUCAUUGUUAAAGAAAUAAAGUAAGCAAUUUGUGUUUGAGUUAUAUGAGUAUCAGUAAUUAAGUUAAUUAACUCUUAUACUGCUUCCAGAAUAUUGGCUUUGUAAUUGACUUAACUCAUCCUUGCUUGUAUAUAUUUUGUUGUUGUUUAUGACAUUAGAUCCAAAACUUAGGAAGGAUGAUAAAUGCCAAUGAGAGAGAAGAAAAAAACAAUGUUUUGUGUGUACUGUAGGAUUUAAGUAUGAGUUGACAUUAAUAAUAUUCUAGAACAGAAGACAAACUGUAUAGUGUUAGAGUUAAGUCUUUGGAGUCAGGCAUAGUUCAAAGUCUUGUCCUGCCACUUUCUACCUAUGUAACAUUAAGCAAGUUCUUUUUCAUUUCCAAGCCCCAGAUUCCUCACUUGUAAAUUGAGAAACAAUAAAUAGUAUCUACCUCAGACUAUGUUUAUUGUCAAGCAGUGUACUAGGUACUUUACUUGCAUCAAUUUGUUUAAUUCUCGUAAUCUAAUAGGUACAAAAUUUUAAUUAGAAUAAAUGUGCUUUCUAUAUAGUUGCACUUCAUUCCACUUUAAAUUUCUACUAGAAGUUUAAAGGUAAGAGGUGGGAUUGACGAAAUAGCAAUCAAAGCAGGCAGGUGGGAGGAAGCAGUUAAAAUACUGUGGAAAAAAUAAAAGGGUAAAAUUUCUUCCCCCAUUCUAUUUGACCUGAGAGUAGGAAUGUGUCCAUUUUUGUUCAGUGCUCUUCUAAGUGCCCAGAACAGUGCCUGUAACAUAGUAGACAGUCAAUAAAUAUUGCAUGAACAAGUGAA